AUGGUCGUCGCACUCCAAUGUUUCAUUAACAAUACUCCAUUCAGAGUCGCUUUUAAUAACUUAGAGAAUUCUGGUGAUAACUUUGAAAUGACCGGUAACUCUAAACAUGUCAGUGGAUUGUGGGUUCCAUAUAAAAAAUCAGGUAAAUCAGUUAGAAUCUUAGUAGGCUCCACUGUAUUCACAAUGUAUGACGAUGAAUGGAAGAUUGUCAUUGAGAACAAUGUUACCUUUGACCUUGCUCAUGAUUGUAUGAAGUUUUUCUUAACUGUCAAUGGUAAUGAUGAAUCUAAUCUUAAUUUCCAAUUAGAACAAAUCAAAGCCUUUUAA